AUCCGAAACUACAAUGGAAAAUUUCGAUGUAUCAAUGAGAGUGAAAAUUGUGAAGGAAUACUUCAAAACAAAAUCCGUCUCGAAGACACAAGAAAAUUUUGAGAAGACGUUUCCAGGAACGGAAGCUCCCAGUAAGGCAAUUAUCCUUUCCUUGGUCAAAAAAUUUGAAGAUGAUGGGGACAUUCGGCCUGCAUCCGCCUCGGAUACACUGAAGGAUGAAGCACAUAGUGACACAUCGACUUCGUCCGCACAAAACCAACGGGGCCGUGACGUCACGCUGCCGCGCCAGAGGCAGAGGAGGCGGCGGCGGCGGCGCGACCCGGGGCGCGGCGGGCAGCGU